GAGCCAUAUGUUCAUUUUGUUGACGUUUACUUUUUUGCCAAAAACAUUGCGCACCAGGUUAAAAUACCUCAAGUCGCAUCCGACCUCAAAAUGGAUUUAAUAAUUCUCGUGGGGAUUGCCACGGCCCUGUUGGUCGUGAUUAUCACACUGUACCUACUGCAGAAAAAGAAUGCCAGCCCAGAAACAAAGCCAGCUGCAGUUCCACAACGUGGCGUCCCCCAGCGCGCCCAGGAGGGAGUACCGCGCCGCGCGCAAAUUGCCCGCAAUCAGCGGAACCGACUGCGCCAGAAUGCUCCAGCUGCGGCUGCUGCGCCUGCUGCUGCAGUUGCUCCGGCGGCUCUCGGCGACUCUGACAACGAAGAUGAGGCCCUGGUCGAUGCCGAUGGCGCUCGUGUGCCUCAGGGUGCUGUGCUGGACGAGAAGAUGGGCGCCAAGAAGAGGGCUAAGAUGGAGGCCAAGGAGCAAAAACGCCUGCAGCGUGAACAGGAGCUGCACGAUCGCGAACAACGCAAAGUGAAGGAGGCCAAGGAAGAGGCCGAACGAAAGCAGCAGGAGGAUCUUGAUGCGGAGGUGGAGCGGAAACGGCUGGACGCCGAGCGCCUUGCCAAGGAGGAACGUGAGCGCAAGGAGCACGAGGAGUACCUGAAGAUGAAGGCCGCCUUUAGCGUCGAAGAAGAGGGCUUUGAAGAGGGCGACGCCGACGACCAGGACAGCCUUCUGGCCGACUUUAUCCAGUACAUAAGGGACAAUAAGGUGGUGGUGUUGGAAGAUCUGGCUGUGGCUUUCAAGCUGAAGACCCAGCAGGCCAUCGAUCGCAUUCAGGAUCUGCAGGCCGAUGGCACUCUCACCGGCGUCAUCGACGAUCGCGGCAAAUUCAUCUACGUUUCGGAGGAGGAGCUCUCGGCAGUGGCCAAGUUCAUCAAGCAGCGCGGACGCGUUUCCAUCGCCGAGCUGGCCGAGAGCAGUAACAACCUGAUUAAUCUGACGCCCGUCUCCGCAGGCGGCGAAGCCAGCUCAUGAUGAGAUUUGUUAGCCAUUUAUAAAUUAAAUUUAUAUUUAGAUGCGAUCUGUUAGUAAAUAACAAGAACAAAACAUAACGUUGCACUUGACGACUGAUGUAUUAAAGGUUCAAUUUAUGCCUCCGUA